GAAAGAUGGCAGGGAUCAUAAUGAAUCAUGAAAGCAACUCUUAGUCUCAAAUUCUGAAUCAAUCUUACUUUAUUGGCAAGGAACAUUCUACGGUUGCCAUGUUCAUCCCAAUUUCCCGCACCUGUUGCUCCAUGCCUCGCACCAAGUGGACCUCCCCCCACCCCCCACGAAGCUAAGUCAUCCACCUGUCCCGAUUGAUCCCAGCCUAUCCCCAACACCGGAGCUAAGCCGGCUCGUAGGACGAAGGAAAAGAUUGGCAAAGGACGACUAGGCGAGGAUACCACUUGCAGUCACGCCCCGGGAUCUCUUAUGGUGAGCUAAUCAUACUGUCUCCCAGGGUACGGGGUACUGGUCGACCUUUCUCUUCUCCAGUGCUUUGCUUCCUUUGAAAACCCCCCGAAAAGUCAAGACCAUCAUGCGUGUAGCUUCUGUCGCGCUGCCUCUGGCAGGUCUUGCUGUGUUGGCUGCGGCUACUUCUAGCAAGAAGGCCAGCAAUGGUUGCAAAGCACUGAAGGGGUCUGUGGGUGACUCGUUGUUCUUCAACGAAAGCCUGAUCUAUCAGUAUGAGACCAACAACUUCUGGUCGAACACCGAGAUUAUGGCUCCUGGCUGUGUGUUCCGUCCGCAGUCCAGCAGUCAGUUGGCCGAGGGGUUGACUGCUCUCGUCGACGCUGAAGCCAAGUUCGCGGUUCGUGGUGGCGGCCACAUGGGUAUCCGAGGUUCUAACAAUAUUGAUAAUGGUGUUUUGGUCGUCAUGUCAAACCUGACAACCCUGGAGUUGAACGAGGACAAGUCUGUGCUGUCGCUUGGUCCAGCCUACCGUUGGAUUGAUGUCUACGAGUAUCUCUCUGUCUAUGAUCUCACCGUCCCGGGUGGUCGUCUCGGCCCGGUUGGUGUGCCUGGUCUGCUCCUUGCUGGAGGUGUCAACUUCUACGGCAACCAGGUCGGCUUCUCCUGCAACAGUGUCAUCAACUAUGAGGUCGUCUUGGCCAAUGGCACCGUUGUCUACGCAAACCAGACGUCCAACUCGGAUCUGUUCUGGGCCCUGAAGGGUGGUAGCAGCAACUUUGGUAUCGUGACCCGCUUUGACAUUGAGACUAUCAAGUCACCUAUGGUCUGGGCUGGUGCUCAUACCGUCGAGGCCCAAUACGUGGAUCAGUUCCUUGCUGCUAUCGCUGAGUAUGCAGCCAACAUUUCGGACCCCAAGACUCACAUCGUGCCCGCUCUGGUCCCUGGAGACUCGACUCUGGCCUCAGCGAUUCUGUUCUACGACAGUGACAGCCUCAGCUACCCUGAUAUCCUGAAGCCUUUCACCGAUAUUCCUUCCGUUAGCAGCACUGUCGGCUUCAAGACCGUUGCCGAGUUUGCCGCUGAGUUGGGCGAGCUGGUUGUGAACGGUAUCAACGACGUGUUCGUUGCUGGAACUGUCAAGGGAACUACCUACGAAGAGCUCUACCAGGGCAUUAGCAUCAUCAACACUACCUUCUUCAAUGAGCUCCCCAAGCUGUACAGCCAGAUCCCCACUGCCAACAUCUCCACCAUCCAACUGGACUGGCAGCCCAUUGGCGCUGAAUGGAUUAAGGCCUCUAACGCCCGCGGCGGCAAUGCCCUGGGACUGGACGCUUCCCAGGUUUACCUCUGCUACGCUGAGGUUGUGGAGUGGAUCGGCUCUGCCUACGACGAUAUCGUCGCCGAGUGGGUGGAGAAUACUACCUAUGCUAUCAACAAUGCUACCCAGAAGGCUGGCCUGUACGAUGCGUUCAACUACAUUGGUGAUGCCGCUGGGUUCCAGUCGAUUUUCCCUGGUUACGGUGCCACCAACCACAAGCGUCUGAUCAACAUCGCGAAGAAAUACGAUCCGGAGCGUGUCUUCCAGACCUUGAUGCCUGGUGGCUUCAAGGUUUACUGAGCGUAUUCACCAUGUUUCAAUCAUUGAUUCAGCUCAGGCAGUUACCUGCGACGUCUGGCGGUUGCCAUGUUAAUAGUAUUGAACUAGUAUAUAGAUAUUUGGAAAUAGAAUCAACGACAGGAUGUUGUUAUAAUCCUCUCAGGAGGUGAUACUCGAAA